AAAGCGAGCCAAUCCGUGGCCGAAUGCUAACCUUUCCCUCCAAUCUCCGUCUCCGCGUCUACUUCCGCAACUUCACCGCCUCGCUCGCCGAGUCGCGGUCGGACUCGCAGUCGCAGCGUCGCACACCGUCAACAACCCAACCCCAACUACCCCAAAAUUCCCCCGCGCCGCACCUCCAUUGCCGCUACGCGACGCGAGGCUCAAGCAAAGGUCAACCGCGCGUCGCCGGGGGGGUGAUGUCGUCGUCGGCGGCGGCGGAGGACGGCGAGGCGGCGUACUGGCUGCGGUGGCAGGUGUUCGUCUGCGGCGCCCUCAUCGUGCUGCCGACGGCCGCCGCGGCGGCGCUGCUCCCGCGGCUGCGCAGGGCGGCCGCGCCCCUCCGCGGGACCGACCUGUGGGUCCCCUGCUGGGCGCGUCUCCACCCCGGCUGGCUCCUCGGCUACCGCGCCUUCGCCCUCGCCGCCGCCGUCGCCCUCCUCGUCCGCCUCCUCGUCGGCCAUGGCAUCGACGUCUUCUUCUUCUACACCCAGUGGACCUUUUUAUUAGUCACCAUAUAUUUUGCGUUUGCAACUGCUAUAUCAGCUCACGGAUGUUGGGUUUACUCAAAGAAAAACUUGAAGAAAGCUGAUGAAUCCCAUGAAUUUCUUAGUGACGAUGUGGAAAAUCGUGAGUUUUCCACUUCUUCUGGCGAGAUGAAAAGGGAUGAGGAGAAGAUAACAAACUAUCAUGAACAAAUAGCAAAUGAGAAAAGAGCUGGAUUAUGGGGACGUUGCAUGCAAAUCAUUUACCAGACUAGUGCAGGUGCAACAAUGCUGACUGAUAUCACAUUUUGGGGACUACUUGUGCCAUUCUUUUACCGUGAUAAGUUUGGACUUUCCUUGAUCACUGAUGGCAUGCAUUCUCUUAAUGCUGUUCUUUUACUGAUAGACACAUUUCUCAACAAUAUGCCCUUCCCCUGGUACCGCCUGGCUUUCUUUGUAUUUUGGAGCUGCUCCUAUGUAACCUUCCAAUGGGUCCUUCAUGCUUGUGGAGCUAUAUCCUGGUGGCCAUACCCAUUUCUUGACCUUUCAUCGUCAGGGGCUCCUCUAUGGUACCUCGCCAUGGCCAUUGUUCAUAUCCCUUGCUUCUUUCUGUAUUGGUCGAUUGUCAAGGCAAAGCAAACUUACUUCCCCAGAUUGUUUCCACAUGCUUAUGUGAGAAAUUAGAUCCUAACUCAUACGUGCAAACUGUAUGAAUAAGUGCAUGCCAUUUAUAUAUACCCUUACUAGUACGAAAUGUCUUCAUGUAUAGUCUGAUAGAUUAGCGAUCCCUGGAAAUUGGGCUGAGUUAUGAAGCCCAUCGGAACAAUGCUUCGAUCAAAUGAAAUACGAAGAGCUUUAACAUAGCCUUUGUUCUGUAACCAACAUGCGUUCUUCGCAUAGCAGCAAGCAUAUUUAUACAUCGCUGAAAGCCUUCUUAGUUACGAACUUA